AUAUAUUUUUUAAAAAUACAAUAUAUAUUUAUAUAUAUAUAAAAAUAUAUAUAUACAUAUUUAUAUAUGAACAUAUGUUUAUUACAUAUAUUUUAUUUUAUGUUAUAUAUUAUUUUAUUCAUUAUUUUUUACAGAAAUUCUAUUUUCAUUUGUUAUUAUAAUU